AACAACUCUGAAACCCCAAAAAAUAAUUACAAAAGAACAGCUCCAACCCAAAAGAGAAUUACUAAAGAACAGCUCCAAAUUGCCAAAAAAACAGCUCCAAAACGCCAAACAGAAUUACCAAAGAACAAUUCCAAAUCACCAAGGUGGUUACCAAAGAAAGCUCCAAAUUGCCGAAGUGAAUUGUCGAAGAACAGCACCAAAACUCCAAAAAGCAAAGCUGAAUUAAUAGUAGGCUCUUUAGGAAAAACCAAAGCGAAGAGAAUUACCAAAGAACAGCUACAAAACACCAAAGUGAAUUACCAAACAGCUCAAGAAACCUACCAGAUAACAGCUCCAAAACGCCAAACAGAAUUACCAAACCACCAA